AUGGACACCAACGCGCGCCUACUCUUUGCGCUGUCCGGAAAGACAGCGGUCAGUGACGCACGACAUGCAGUUCUCGAAAAGUUGGUUGACGGAGAGCUUGAAGGUGUCAUCAAGAAUUGUCUCAACAGCAGUGAAUCUGAAAAGAGACGAGAGAUGGAGGCUGAGGUGCCAGCUGAUGGCAAAGGCAAAGCGGAAGACACUCUGGACGACUAUUCGAACAAACGAAACUCACCGGAGGGGCAAGAUAACAACCAGCACAAAAGGGUCAAAGCAUCCAACCGCACGGAUAAGCCAACUGAACAAGUCGUGAUGAAGCACGAAGUCAUCGACCUGGAUCAGGAGAGCGCAAAAACAAAGAAUGCGCGCUUCCAGACUACCUCACAUCAAGGAAAUCCUCUAUAUGCCCGACGGAACCUCAGAAGGGUCGUGGCGUUCCUUUUCCAGCUUCCCACUCGAGCUUAG